AUGUUGUUCAUUUCAUCGAAUGGUCUAGUUUCUCUGUUAUUUUUUGUGCGUAAUGAGUUUGGUCGGAUGUUGGGGGAUGAGCGCAAUAGGAGAGAAGCCUUCGAUAGACUGACUAAAUUGGAGCACUUGAGUCUCCGAAGUAAUGUUAUCGAGAAAUUGGAGGUGGAUACAUUCAAAAGAACUGUUAAUUUGCGAAUGAUCGACCUGUCUUGGAAUCUUUUGACAAGUCUUGACUUUGACCUCAGAAACCAAACAAAUCUUGCGGAAAUAGACCUUUCUAACAAUGAAUUGACAGUAAUCGAGGAGAACAAUCUCCUAGGCACCGAAAAUCUCAAGAAAAUCAAUUUGGAUGGCAAUUCAAUCACAAAUAUACACCGACGAGCCUUUAUUCACUCCUCGGCUAUUUCUCAACUCAUCCUUUCGAAUAAUUUGAUGGAACAACUUAGCAUUCAGUUGCCUUCUAGUAGUCACAAUUUCUACCAGUUGUACGUCGACCUCAAAAAUUGCCGAUUAAAUACUUUUCCCGUUCUGGAAACAAGCACUCUGAGCAUUCUAAACCUCACGAACAAUAAAAUCAAGUCUAUCAGUGUCAGUGAUGUCAGUAAACUCGGAAAUUCCCUUCUUUCUAUUGACGUGAGAAGGAACAGAUUGGAGUGGAUUGAGGACGGUGUCUUUGCUUAUUUUCCCGAACUGGUCAAUUUUAACGCAGACCAUAAUUUUCUGACUCGAAUUCCUGCUCGGCUGUCUCGGUCACUCCUGCAGUUGAGUUUGCGGAAUAAUUCAAUCUCUGGAAUUGAAUCAAAUUGCUUUCUUGGACUUUCUCAACUGAAAGAACUUUAUUUGGCUCAUAACCAAAUUUCUCAUCUCCCCGCAUUGUCCUUUACUGGUCUCAAAAGUAUUCUGACUCUGGACAUUUCCCACAAUCACAUCAGUGUGAUUGAUCUGUCUUCACUCACUGCUCUUUCUAGUCUCCGAACCAUUUUCAUCACACAAAAUAGUGUCCCUAAUGUCACCGUGGUGUCUCCGAAAACCACGGAGAGACCAGGAAAUGACGAGAUAUUUUAUGGCACUUCAAAGGACCCUCUUGUCAAAACAUUAGAGCGUCCUUCCAACAAAUCGGCGAUGGAUUUGGAGCAAUUUGAUGCUUGGAUUGACUUUGAACCAAAGAGACUCAAAUGUGACGUCGCCUCAUUGACAGACGGCUAUUUGAAAGUAAAUCAAGGAAUGUGCACUGACCAGUCAGUGAAUCAUUUUGAUAAGGUGAUUUGUUCGAGUCACACAAAGCUCUAUUCCUCGCAAGAAUAUGACAAAAUGAUCCACUCAUUGAACGAAGAGAAAGAAGCCAUACAACAGUAUUACGAGUUAUAUUUGGAUGUCUCAGCAAUAGACUUCAAAUACGCCAGCUUAAAAGUGCUGUCCCCGACCACCAACCUAACAAGCCGACAAGACUGUAAAUUAGAGGACAUUGUAGCUCUUAUUAACAGUUAUUAUGGCUAUGAUAUUUUAAAAGACCGAAAUAUUCGACAAACUUUAGAAAGUUCAGAUUUAUUAAAAAUUAAUUUUGAAUCGGAAAAGGAAACCGAUUAUUUUUCUGCAGUAACUAGUUCCACAGAUUGUAUUAAGUCAAAUCGAAUUUUAUGGUCUAUAAAAGAAGAAGCGACAUUGUUGGAUGCUGUCAAGGUUUAUGGAAAGGAUUUUGAUUAUAUUUCUACAAUUUUACAUGAGAAUCAACGUUCAGCUUCGGCAAUAAAGAGAAAAUGGGAAAAGAUGUCAUGUGAUAAAAAGUUGUUCAAAAAAGUUACUAAAUAUUGGAGAAUUCAUUUCAAAAAAUAA